AGCCAGAAGAGCGUCAUAGCCCAUGUGGCUCUGCUGGCUGUGGUUCACUUGGCCGCCGUCAGUGUUACAAGAAGGCAGCGCUGCAACGGUUGCGACUUCAUUAACCAACCAGCUACUGACGACGACGUUAGUUCGUGGCUCCGCUCUGCCUUCCUACUAUUUUUGCUCGACUGUUUUUUUUUUGUCUUCGUGAUUUUCCGUUCCGUUUUCAUUUCAUCCCUCCGCAAUCGCAUUGAUUCGCUACUUAAUUGAACAUUUUCGUUUUCCCCACAUCCACGUGAUUUGAUUGAAUAUCCAUUGAUUGAGUUUGACAUCAUCCGGAUUUGACACAUCUCCGCCAAAAUGGGGAGGCUCAAGUGUUUCUUACUCUUAGCUGUAGCAACUGCGACGCUGGUCAAAGCCGACGACGGCUGGAAGCGAUUGUUGGAGCUCAACACGGCCCAGGAAAGCCGAUCGGCCCAGUGGGCCAGGAGCAGCAACGGCGCUGGCGGCAAUCGAGUGCCAUUCGUUCCGGAAGACAUCGCCAUGCCACCUCCGUGGCUCCUGCCUAACCAGCAGCCGCAAGUGGCCUUCCCGGUGGCCCAGGCUCAGGUCAGAAGUUUCUUCGACGAAGAAGUCGUCGACUGGCCGCCCCGGUCGCCCAAAUUAGCCUCGGGAAGGUCGCAACAUCCGCCGGAGCCGUCGAGUCGCCAACAGCCGCCGCCGCCUCCGAUCCACACGACUCUUCAGCCGCCUCGCCGGCAGUGGACCGAUUCGCCCAUCCGUCCCGUCCAGCACGUUUGGCUGGACGGCGAUCGCCAGCAGUCGACGUCCCAACGACCCCAGACGGCCACCAAGAAAGCGACGUCGAUUAAACUGCGAGAUCUAGCGGCACCUGUCACCCAGCAGGUCGUCGAUCUAAUAAAACUGCCGGCCCCUGUCGAGCCGGAAGAGCCGUACCAAAAGGCCCCGGCCAAUGAGCCGAAGCCGGAGCAGAAUCGCCGUCAGAAUAAGCAGCAGCAGCAACCAACGGCCAAUCGAAAGUCCGUUAUGAGCUCGUACGACUCGAGUGAAUACGACUACGACGACGUUUCCAGCAGCGGCCAUCAGGAGAAGCGGAUCAUCAACGCCAAAAGCGACCACUACGACGAACUGGACUCGAGAGAUCAGAGCUUCUACGACGAAUCGCCUUCACUGACCGAGGUGGACGCCACCAUGUCUGUCGGUGGCGGCCAAGAAGAUUUUUACGCCCAAACGGCCGCACCACCUCAGCGCCGCCAACAGACUGUCGUCCAGCCGUUUCAGGCGCCGGAAUCGCGCCGUCAGCCACCGCAGUUGCAGCCCACCAGCGUGGAAGAGGCCGAUGUUGAGCAGCACCAAGCGUUCGAUUACGGCAAAACCAUUUUCCGCACUCCAGUCAACUCGGGCCAGAACGGCCGGCAACAACAGCAACAGCACGCCUUUCCUGCUCUUCACGAGCCGGCCCAGCAGAGGGAAAACUUGGGCCGGCCUUCGACUUAUGGCGACGAGCCGCUAGAGACGGAACGACAGCAGCAGCAGCAACCGGCCAAAGCCAAACAAGGGCAGCAGCAGCAGACAGCUGUUAGGAGGCCAGCACAGCAGCAGCAACGGCAGCAGCAGCAGCCAUCAGAGCGGAACACAUCGCCAGCAGAAAUGGCCGUUUUCGAAGCCGAACGACCUAGUUUCCAUUCGCCGAACCUGCAGGCCUCGCCGCCCAACCAGCAGCAGCGACAGUUUGAGGUCGGCCAACAACAUCACCACCAGCGACAACAGGUGCCGGCCCAGCAGCAGCAGCAGCAGCAACAAGUUGGCGAUUGGCCACCACCACGCCAUCCGGCGGGGGAUUUGAAUCGCAAAAACAAACCCAGAAUUAAUCCAGCCCACCACCCGGAAGAACAGCAGCAGCAACAAUCAACGGACAAUUUUGGCAACGUUCCAAGGUACAAACCGAAGAAUCCGGCCGUCCAACCGGUCCAGCCACAACAGUACCAAGAGGAGCGCGAAGAUCCUGAUCUACAACCACCCUACCAUCAUCAACCGCCACCUUACCGUCCGGAAGAAAUCGGAUUGAACUACGACCAACCGGAAGAGCCGGAGAGACCGCAGGAGCACCACAGGCCGCAAGAGCACCAUAAACCCAUCUACGAUUACCAAGACGGCCAGCAAUCACAUGGGCCGAAGAAUCAGCGAAUUCGUCGCCCGCCUCCCACCGAGUCUCGCCCAGCUCCGGAAUUCGACCCGGCCCCUCAGAGCAAUCCUUGGCAGCAGCACAAUACUAAGCAGCAACCGGAAGAGAACGCUUACGAUCCGUACGGCCAGCAGCCAAAUGCCGAUCCCUACAGGGAGCCUGAACUGCAUCAAGUCCAGCCAUACGAGCAGGAGGCAGCCCAAGAACCUCAUCACCAACCGCAAGAGCAUCAAACGGAAGGACCCCUGCCGCUUGCUCCGGCUCCGGGACGACGCCCGGCCAGCGGUCGCCCCUCGUUUCAGUCCGGCGAAAGGUUCAACGGAGCGGCCCAGCACGAUGAAAAGGAAAAUAAUAACAAUAACGACGGGGAUUUCGACUCGCCUGGCCCAUUCAAAGCGCCACCACCGCAGAGACCGCACCACCCGCAGUCUAAUAACAGACAGCGACCUCAUCGGCCGCCACCCACUCACCAGCGGCCCAAAGACGCCUCGCUUGUCACCCAGGGCCUCAACACCCUCAAGACGCUGGUCGGACUCCAGACUUCACAGCAGCAGCGUCAGCAACGGCCGCAUCAUUCCUUCAACCGGCCCGGAGGACCCCGGAGGAGACCGCCCCAGCAUCAGCCAGGAAAUAAUUUCGAUAAUAACGGAGGUGAAAUAGGUCGACAGGAUCAGGAUGCCAGCGAAGAAUUCGGUUCAUCCGAUUUGAAUAAUUUCCCGGUUCAAGCCCGUCACAAUGUCCAGCCGAAUAUCGACGAGCCGAUGGAACACCGCGGCAUUCCCGACGAUGACAUUCAGGAUAUCGUUCCGCCUUCCGUGUCGACCACCGAGACGAUUCCACCACCGACGAGGGUCACGGCUCCAUCCACUCGUCCGUCAACUCGGCCGCCGACUGAAGCUCCGGAGCUACCCGUUCCGGUGUCCAGCACAGCGGCUCCGGAGGAGACCAAGAGCACUCUGUUCCCUCCGUUCAACAAGCGAGUCCGUCCUCAACCACCGUCUCCGGCCCAGACGGAAAACAAGGCCAAUGCCGGUAAGGACAGUCCAGCCGGCCAAUUGCGGAUCACUUCCUACAAGCAGCGCAUCGAAGCCAUGAAAGAGCGGGCCAAGCUGAGAGAGCAACUGGCCCAGUCAAAGAAGGACACUGAAGGCACGGUUGAACAAGCGCCGGAACCGGUUAGUCCGGUCUCCGUGUCCAGCACUUCCACGACGACAAUUAGACCGUCGACAACGCGGCCGAAAAUUCCACCCAGGAUGCCGGUGAGGAGGCCAGUCACUGCCGGCCCACCUUCCUCGACCAGCAGCACCACAACGGAAUCUGUUCCGUUGAUGGAGAAAAUGGACAAGGUGCCGGAAUCCAGAGAAUCCAGCAACUACGACCAGUACAAACGUCGUUUCAAACCGAAACCUUCGUUCAGCCGGCCGUCGCCCAAAGAGGAAGAGCCGGCCGCUUCGCCCAGCGAAGAAGUCGCUUCUGCCAAAGUUGCUGACUUCCGUGAAGAGGAAGACUCGUCUUCCAGCCGGAAGAACCUCUUCGGCAAGAUGCCCGGCAGUCCGUUCGUCAGGAGACGGAUCCAGCAAAAGCAGCAACGAGAGGAAGAAGAGCGUCUGCUGUCGGAGGAGAGUUCCAAAGGUCCGGCAGCAAUCAAAAAGGAAUCUGUCGACAAAGAAGAGAUGCCCGCAGUGCCGGCCGGUCCAGCUCUUCGACCCAACAAGAGAAUAAGGCCGGGCCAAUUCGCCCGCACCACAACGGCGGCGCCGAUCGUCGAACCGUCGCUGGACAACGAAGACGAGCCGGCCUCAUCCGUCCUGGCGUCACCCGAACAAUGGCCGCCAACAUCCGAGCCGCACACUCCCGUCAAACCGGAAAUAUCCGGCGGGUUGACAGCAGCCGAGGAAGAAGAAGAAUCGCCCAAGAUCGAGCUGGUCAGCAUCGCUCCCGCUCCGCCGGCCAACGAAGAGUCUGACAAUCACCAGCCGCAGCAGCAUCAACCGGCUGAAGAGCCGGAAGAAUUCCCAACGCAUCAGCAGCCGCCGCCAUUCGCUUUCGAAUCGUCCGGGCAGCCCUACCUGGACAAACCGGACGUGUCCAGCGAGCGGAUGGGUACCGAAGAGGAACAAGCGGAGCCGAUCCAAGUGCAAGAAAAGCCAAGGCAUUCAUUUUUCACGAUGGCCACCAACGAUCCCAUUCUGCCCAUCGAAGAAUUACUCAACAUCCGCGUGAGAGACAACGGCAAAGAUAUGUAAAUCUCCCGCGCUUCUUAAAUAACCAUUAACAGCUAAAAUUAUGGACGGCAGGCAUUUCGUUUUAAUUUAAUUCACAGCAAUAUUUUCCGCUUGUCCAAUCCACUUCCCUGCGACCUUAUAAAAAUUUCUUUGAAUAAAAACUGGCCAAUCAGCAUUUUGCGCUCUACCCCCCUCCCCCAACCCCCCAUUUUCGUGCUACGUUAUCGACGAGAGAGAAAAACAAACAUAAUUUUUUUUUGGUCUUGAUUGUUCUUUUUAUUAUUGGUUGGUGUCGUUUGUAAAUAAAACACACACUCUAUAUUAUAUAAUGUGAGCUCUAUUUUGUGAAUCGGUUCCACACACACACCACCACCACAUCGUAGGUUCUUUUUUUUCUUUCAAAUUUUGAUAUGUUUGUUUGCUUUUAUUUAUUUUUAAAUUUUUUUUUAAAUCUGUACUAUUUUUUUAUGUCGAUUGUAAACGAAACAACAGGUUUGUGUUCUGGGUGA